UUCUAGAAUUGCUGCCAUGUGGCUCAGCUAACCCUGGAUGCUGACAGCUUCCUCUUCCUUCCACAUGUCGCAUCUUUUUUUUUCUUUUUUUUUUCUUCUACUUUGAGAAGGCAAACUAAACGCGAAGUGAAAUAGACCCGAGCCACUUGCUCCUGCGACAUCGAUUCUCCCUCUCUUGUCAGCACGAUCAAACGCAAGAAGGAGGGGGGAGACAGAAAGAAAAAAAAACAAAACAAGACCUGAGCGAGCGAGCGAGCGAGAGAGGGAGAGGGAGAGAGAGAGAGAGAGAGAGAGAGAGAGAGAGAGAGAGAGAGAGAUAGAUAGAGAGAGAGAGAGAGAGAGAGAGAGAGAGAGAGAGAGAGAGAGAGAGAGAGAGAGAGAGGGAGGCUGACGAGAAGGUGCGUUUUGAUGUUCGGGAUCCAGGAGAGCAUCCAGAGGAGUGGGAGUAGUAUGAAAGAGGAGCCCAUGGUGGCCGGGAUGAACGCGGUUCGGACAUGGAUGCAGGGCGCCGGGGUGCUGGACGCCAACACAGCCGCCCAGAGCGGAGUGGGGCUGGCGCGGGCGCACUUUGAGAAGCAGCCGCCGUCCAAUCUGCGCAAGUCCAACUUCUUCCACUUCGUCCUGGCUUUGUACGACAGGCAGGGGCAGCCGGUAGAGAUCGAGAGGACCACCUUCGUAGACUUCGUCGAGAAAGAAAAGGAAACGACGGGGGAAAAGACCAACAAUGGGAUCCAUUAUAGACUCCAGCUCCUCUACAGUAACGGAAUAAGGACGGAGCAGGACUUUUAUGUGCGUCUCAUUGACUCUAUGACUAAACAGCCAAUCGUCUACGAGGGCCAGGAUAAGAAUCCCGAGAUGUGUCGCGUCCUGUUGACCCAUGAAAUCAUGUGCAGUCGAUGCUGCGACAAGAAGAGCUGUGGCAACAGGAACGAGACGCCAUCUGACCCUGUGAUCAUCGACAGGUAA